UCCAAUCCGCAAUUAUCCUUUCCUUGCCUGGACAACGCAGAGGACCGCACACGCGAUCUCUUGCACAAGAAACGCUCUCUCUCCGGUCCCGAGCCUUCCUACACAACUGGCAAGCACGAAGUUUUCCAUUCGGAUGAACCGAUCUUGCUAGACUGGGGUGGGGUUUUGCCAUCCUUCGACAUCGCUUGGGAGGCUUGGGGUACUCUGAACAGCGACAAGAGCAAUGCUAUCGUCGUUCACACGGGCUUGUCGGCGAGCAGUCACGCGCAUAGCACGGAGAGCAACCCACGACCGGGUUGGUGGGAGAAAUUCAUCGGUCCUGGUGCACCUCUGGACACCAACAAAUAUUUCGUCAUCUGCACCAAUGUCAUCGGGGGAUGUUAUGGUAGCACUGGUCCGAGCAGCAUCGAUCCGAUCAGCGGGGAGCACUACGGCACGAGUUUUCCCAUUCUGACGCUCCAGGACAUGGUCCGCGCACAAUUUCGACUCCUGGACGCCAUGGGCAUCAGAAAGCUCUACGCCAGCGUCGGCUGCAGUAUGGGAGGUAUGCAAUCCCUCGCGGCGGGCAUCAUGGAACCCGAACGCGUAUCCCGCAUCGUGACGGUCUCUGGCUGCGCGAGGAGUCACCCUUACAGCAUUGCGAUGCGCCACACCCAGCGACAGGUUCUCAUGAACGAUCCAAAUUGGGCCACGACACGCGGAAACUACUACAAGAGUAUUCCCCCGCACACCGGUAUGAAGCUUGCGCGUGAGAUUGCCACCAUCACGUAUCGGUCGGGCCCUGAAUGGGAGAAACGCUUUGGACGACAGCGCGCGGAUGCGACCAAGCCCCCUGCGCUCUGUCCAGAUUUCUUGAUCGAGACCUAUCUCGACCACGCGGGCGAGAAAUGGUGCCUCGAAUAUGAUGCCAACAGUCUGCUCUAUGUCAGCAAAGCUAUGGACCUGUUCGAUCUAGGUCGCACAUUACAGGAUGCCACCGCUGCUCGACGGCUCGCAAAUGCCGAUCGUUUGUCCGAUGGCGAUCCACAACGGUUCGGCUCGCUGGAGGAUCGUUGCAGUCUGACUGUGCCCGAUGAGCCUUACGAGGAGACCGAGACCUCGUCCGCCGAGAUCAUGGCUGAUACGGCUGCGAAGCCCAGUCAAUCAUUAUCGUCGGGUCCGCCCGAGGACCUGGUCAAAGGCCUUGUGUCUCUACGCGAUACACCUACUCUAGUGCUCGGCGUCGAUUCGGAUAUCCUUUUCCCUUCAUGGCAGCAGCGUGAGAUUGCCGAUACUCUGCGCCGCGUGGGCAAUCGUAGUGUGACUCACGUCGAACUCGGCGAAGACCGGUCGCUCUUCGGCCAUGACACAUUCCUGUUGGACCUGGAAGGGGUCGGAGGUGAGAUUCAACGCUUCCUA